AUGGAUCCCUUGACUGCAUUUGGGCUUGCCUCGAACGUUCUAUCCUUUGUCUCGUUCGCAUCAGAGCUUAUCAAGGCCGGCGUUGAGGUGUACCGUUCAGGUUCUGAUCAUCCAGGUGCUGCUCUAUGUAUGGAGCAAGUUUACGGCGACCUGAAAGGUUUGAACAACAAACUCAUUCUUACUUGUGAACAUAAUAUCGCCGACGAGGGGGCCAAUUGGAGUGGCCCGGAAGACGAUGUAAAGGAUUCGGCCAUUGCAGUGAAAAGGCUAGCCGAGACGUGCAGAAGAGAUUGCGACGAGCUGCUGCGAGUCACUAAUAAACUGCGACUGAAAGAUGGCGGGAGCUCGAGAAGAAAAUGGGAGAGCUUUCGCAUCGCCUUGAGGAAGAUGUGGACACAGAAAGCCAUCGAUGAUAUAGAAGACCGUUUAUUGAAGACACAAAUGACGCUGACUGUCCAUAUUUGUGUAAUAUCGGGAAAUUACCACAAGCGUCAGAACGCAUUGCGAGAUAGGCUGCAAACAAGAAGCGUGGAGUUGCAACUCGACCAAAAGAAAGGACUAGAUGAAGUCAAGAGAUCAUUAGCCGAACUGGGAGAAAUGCUGCGAGAAAUCCACCAAGCCAACGAACCUAACUCAAUUGCAAUGAUUGAUAUUGAGUCUCUGAAUCGACAAUUCAAGCGACUUUCCAUUACUCAAAAUCUUCUGGAGAAGGAACAGAAAUUCCUGUCUACAUUACAAUUUGACGCGCGACCGCUGAGACACGACGCUAUUCCACAGGCUCACGAACAAACCUUUCGCUGGCUGCUUGAAGACGACCCAGGAAAAUACGACAGUCCCACCGAUCAGGGCAGCCCGACAUUGGCGCAGUGGUUAGAGUCGGGGAGUGGGAUCUUUUGGGUUGCAGGAAAACCAGGUUCUGGAAAGUCCACACUUAUGAAGUUUAUCGCUGGUGCACCAAUGACAAAUGAGUAUGUGUCCCGGUGGGCAUCUCCGACCAUCGUCGCGGCUCACUAUUUCUGGAAUUCGGGUUCACCAAUGCAGAAAUUGCAGGAAGGGCUCCUACGAUCACUACUUUAUGACAUCUUUCGGCAGCGUCCCGCCCUCAUCCCUAUUGCCUGCGAAGAAAGAUGGCGUGAGCUUGACAAUCCGGGAAAUUCUGGCAGGAUGUGGUCGCUACAUAGCCUCAAUGAGGCUUUGAGAAAAAUCACAGAGAAUGGCGUAGACGACGAGGUCAACUUUUGUCUCUUCAUCGACGGUUUGGACGAGUUCGAAGGAGAUCACGAUGGUCAUUUUCAGUUGUGCCGGACGAUGUGUGAAUUGUCUGCAUCUCGCCAUAUCAAGAUCUGUUUAUCUAGUAGACCAUGGAAUGUGUUCGAGGAAGCGUUCGAAAGUAUGCCGAAGAUUUACAUACAUGACUUGACAAGAAACGAUAUUAGGAAUUACGCGGCCAGCCGCCUACAAGAGCAUCCCAAAUGGGCUGAUAUCUGUGCAUCGACACCUUUCGGGGGCGAAUGGUUUGUUGAGGAGAUCGCAGAACGCUGUUCUGGGGUAUUCCUUUGGGUGUUCUUGGUGACAAACCUCCUGCGGCAGGGAAUGACAAACCGGGAUCGAUUCCCUGAUCUGCGUAGGAGGUUGGAGUCCAUCCCACGCGAGCUGGGCGACUUCUUCAAGCAGAUACUGGAUUCAGUGGAACCUCUCUAUCACGCAAAGAUGGCCACCAUGCUCCACAUCGCACUUGCGGCAAAGGAGCCGUUGCAUAUGGUCAUUUACGACUACCACGACCUAGGGCAUGACGAUGAGGAUUACUGGCAGCAAAGCCCGAUGUUGCCUUUCACCGAAAGAGAAUUUGAUGAAAUCCAUUGUCGUAUGGCGUAUCACCUGAACAGCAGGACUCGUGGUCUCUUAGAACUCCAAUCCUUCCAGGUAAAUUUUCUCCAUCGAACCGUGAAAGACUACCUUUCUACCCAGCCCCUGUCAGGGAUCCUGAAGCAGAAACUUCCUGAGUACUCGGGCCGCAAAUUCAUCCCGGAGCUCAGUAUCUUGCGCGCCUAUGCAGCAUGGGUUAAACGAGCCACCCCGCAGGUUCUAAAUCGAGGAUCCUGGGCACGGUACUGGAUGUCCGAUACCGACAAUAAUCCGGAUGGUGUCACACCAUAUAUCCAAUGGCUCACAAAUCAGCUGAUGCCAUAUGCCGCUCAGUUGGACUCACAGCGUCCCCGCGACUCACGUUUGAAUUAUAUCCUCGAUGGAAUGGAUGUCAGCAUCAAAUCCAUACUCUCCAACGCCAGAAUAAGUGCGAACGUCACGAAUCGCUGGGCCUGGAACACAAAGCUUUUCUUCCGAGAAAACCUCGUUGAAGGGGGUGUCUGCAGUUACGUCUUUAGUAAAGAGAUGGAGGAUCCAGUGUGUAGCUCCAUGCCUCGAGAAGCGAAGAUCUAUCACAAGCGCUUGAGGGCUGCCAUUGGGAGGCUUGAGACCAAUCAGAAACGUUUCACUGGAAGUGGUACGGUGGUCUCGAGGAUUCCACCGAAGAAACAAAAGACCGGCGGAUUUCAUCCGACUAACACGAGAGGAACAAAACGGGGACGACCCGUAGCCAAGCUGGACUCACAAGCGAGGUCACCAAAGAAACGUCGUUAA